AUGGAUUUUCACAAUUCUCCUCAAGAUAAUUCUCAAGAGGAUUCUCAAGAGGAUUCCCAAGAAGAAUCUAGUUUAAGUUGUUUUAGAAAACGAAGUCAUGAUAAUGGAAACAAUCCUCCUAAUGCCACCUUUAAACCUUUAAUUGAUACAGAUGAUGUGUGUCAAGUUGUCAUGAAAGUAAAAGGAAAAGAGCAGAAGUGUGAAAUGGGGUAUACUCACGAUGGGUUAAUGUCUAACAUAAUUGCUCAUCUGCGUUCAGUUCACAACAUUGUAGAUGAUAAAAAAGCCCAAAUUGCCGUAGCAGAAAGAGAUCACUUACUUAUUUCUGAAUCAAUUGAUACUGAAGUAUAUAGUGAAGAUGAAGAACCCGGUGAAGUUGAUAACGGAAAUUUAAUAGAGCAACCGAAUGUAAAUUUAGCUUCCCAAGCCCUUCGGCUGGUUAAAGAUUGUCCCACGCGUUGGAAUUCGAAAUAUCGAUCAUGGAAAAGACUAAUAAAAUUAAAGGAUGCUAUUAUAUGGUUAGAAGCUAAUUUGAAUAUUUCACGAAAUUUAGAUGAAAGAAAAGAUGGUCAAAAACUUAGAUGUUGCUUACCUAGUGAAGAUGAAUGGAAUGCUGAAAAAUACCCAACUUUAUCUGUUAUGUAUCCGGUUAUUGAAGUUUUGAAAUCUGAAUUUAAUUCAGAUUUAUCUAGAAUUGAACCAGAUAUUGAUGAAUGCGAGUCUAAUACAAGUAAUUAUAGCGAAAGUGAUGACGAUAAUAGUGAAAGCGAAAAUGAUGAUGCCAGUACUCAGUUACCAAGAACCCCCCAUAUUCAAUCGUUAAUUUUACAGGUCAAGUUAGAAAUUUAUAAUUCCCUCUGGAAGUAUUGGGGAAAUCUGAAUAAUGCAGGUCUUUUGGCGACAUUAUUGGACCCGAGGCUUAAGAAAAUACGCCCUUGGCCUAACUAUAUAUGA